AUGGACGAGCAGAGAGAGACUCUACAAAGGAUAGUCUCUACUCUAGCGAACAAAAAUGAUGAAAUUCACAACUUCAUUGACAUGCUGAACCAUACAAUAAGAAACGUUCAGGUAAACUCUUCUAAUGCAAUCAGUGAGUUGGAUGAAGAAUUUGAUGGUCUGUAUUCUAUAUUGGAUGAAAUGAAGGGGAGCAUGUCCAGCACUAUUCAACAAGAGGAGGCUCGUAAAAUUCAAGCUUUGCAGGAUCAGCUUAGUCAGUGUAGUAAUGCCCUAGAGAGUUCUGAAGAGCUGCUGGAGCUUGCUGCACAGUCGCUGGACAUAAAGGACCCUGUGGAAUUCUUAAAGGCUGCCAGACAGAUCAAAGAUAGAGUCACAAUGGCUUCAGCGUUCCGCAUCUCUCUGAAACCCAAGGUCAGUGAUAGCAUGACACACUUGAUGGUGGACUUCGCUCUGGAAAGGCGCAUGCUCCAGGCUGUCAAGUUUUUGCCAGUCCCUAAAGCUCCAGAGAUUGAUCCAGCAGCAUGUCUGGUUGCUGAUAACUGCAUAACAGUAUCGUGGAGAAUGCCUGAAGAAGACAGCAGAAUUGAUCAUUUUGUACUGGAGUACAGGAAAACUAACUUUGAUGGACUUCCUCGAGUGAAAGAUGAACAACGUUGGGAAAUGAUAGACUAUAUUAAAGCAACUGAGUAUAUGUUAUCAGGUCUGAAAUUUGAUACAAAAUAUAUGAACUUUAGAGUACAAGCCUGCAACAAAGCUGUGGCGGGGGAGUACUCUGAUCCUGUGACUCUGGAAACCAAAGCAUUUGUGUUCAGUUUGGACAGUACUUCAUCUCAUCUGAACUUGAAAGUUGAAGAUACUUAUGUUGAAUGGGAUCCUACUGGAGGCAAAGGUCAAGAAAAAAUAAAAGGGAAGGAAAAUAAAAGCAGUGGCCAGAAUCUCCUGAAGAGCAAUAGAAGAAGUGGUGCACCAUCUCCUAAGAGGACAUCUGUUAGCACAAGAUCCUCAGUGAGGGGCAGCAGAGAUCGUUUUACUGGUGAAUCAUACACAGUGUUGGGAGACACUGCUGUUGAGAGUGGACAGCAUUACUGGGAGGUGAGAGCCCAGAAGGACUGCAAAUCCUACAGUGUGGGAGUAACAUAUAGAAACCUGGGGAAAUUUGACCAGCUGGGAAGGACUAAUUCAAGCUGGUGCAUUCAUAUCAACAACUGGCUGCAAACUACGUUUUCAGCAAAACAUAAUAAUAAAACCAAGACUCUGGAUGUACCUGUUCCUGAUAGAAUAGGAGUAUACUGUGACUUCGAUGGAGGUCAACUCGCAUUUUAUAAUGCAAACUCAAAGGAGCUGUUACACACCUUCAGAACAAAGUUUACCCAACCAUUAUUACCAGGCUUCAUGAUUUGGUGUGGUGGGCUUACAGUGAGUGCUGGAUUGCAGGUGCCAAGUGCUGUGAAAACACUCCAGAGAAGUGAAAAUGGAUUGAGUGGUUCAACAAGCAGCUUAAACAUUAUUGCCUAGUAAUGUCUA